AUGUGUACUUGGAACUACCUCCACCACCACCACCUUCCGCCAUGUCCGCGCCCGAUCGACAUGGUAGUGCACUACAACUACUGCCCCGACGCGACCACUGACCCAACCACGGGCGCGACGCAGCCCUGCGAGCGCACCACCUUUGGCGACGGCGACGCCUCGCUGCUGAACAAUCAGGUGGACUACAACGAUCCCUGCGCAACAGGCGGCUGCCUCCUCUCGCCAGAGUGCACGUCCGGCCUGUGCCGGCUGGCCCAGCUGGGCGGGCGGUGGGCGUGCUGCGCGUGCGGCGGGCGGGCCAACGAGCAGCGGUGGUGCCGGCAGCGCCCGCCGGCCAGCCCGGACACCUUCUGCUACCACGUGUGCUGCGACCGGUGCGCGGCCGAUCCG